GGUAAUAACCAGAUCAGGCCACACCUUUGCAAUGUUUUAAGAGUAAAAUAAAGCUACCAAACGGGGCGUCAAACCCCGGGAAAUGUGUGAUAUACCCGUGACAUGUGAGGCUUAACUGCGCACAAUAGCCUAAUUCGUCGAAUAAACCGAAAGGUGCUCUAAUAGCGCCCUUGGCAAGACGGAGACUGUCCGGGGGAACUAGCUACCCCGGCUACAGUCUGUAACAAAUUGUUAAAACGCUGAUGUGCGACCCUAACUUGUGGACGCACACAAAACCAUGCCCUGUGAUCACCAAACACCGGUCACUCACGGCACACACUGUCUAGGAUUGCCGAGUAAUGUCGGCAUCGCCUAGUACACUACUCUUACGCGGUGAGCGUACUGGAUACGGUGACGCUGCCGCCGUGCAGGAGUACUCAGGAAGAGAACAACGUAGACAACCCUUUUCUCGCCAAAAAAGAGAGUUGACGGUCAACGACGCCACUGUCACACCAAUAUUGACCAAGGCCAACAGAAAAAACAGUGUAACAAGAGAUAAUAACCGUGUUGAUUCGAAAUCGGAAUUGGUGUCGACGUCAUCACAGCGUUGCCCUAACAGAGGGGCCACAAAGGCCCCUCGAAAACGUACUGCACGUGGAAAAGGAUCAGAACAAGAUGCUAGUGAUGGUGGUGAAGCUACGUCAGACCUAUCACGCUCCAGCAGUAAAACGGAGGAUAACGUAGAACCAGAAAAGAAGAACAUAGAUAACAACUCCUCAAACAAACGUGCAAGUAGGCCUUCAACAGACACUUCUAAAGGCGACACAGAAGGAAGUGCUCAUCGCAAACCCACUUUAAUUGAUUCAACAUUACUAGAUGAGGCGUUGAACGCCGAGGAUAUCGCAAAGGCGCAGUCGGACCUCCAGGAUAUUGACUCGCUCUCCCAAUCAGCGUAUAGUGUCACCGUAUUCCCCGAUGAUGAUGAACGCCGACGUCGGAAACGUAAAUGUUCUCGACUUCAGGAUACCAUUGUCAAGGUACUUAACAAGACACGAGCUGAUGUGACACAUCUGGAUGACAAAAUUGCCACGCUAGAAGCCCAGUACUUCACACAUCCAGAAGAUACAACAGGCCUUAUUAAAGGCUGGGAGAGCGGCCUUCUUGCUGGAUUCUAUCCGUCAACGCAAAAUAACAAGGCACGUAAAAACGCGCCCCCUAAGGCCAAACUUGUGCUAGGGAAGGCGAUGCCCCUCAUCAACGAACACAUCUUUUCACUCACAAGCUCCACGUGCAGCGUUUCAAAGAAGUUCUUUGAAAAUUAGGGCAAAUCUCCUAAC